CAUUUUUAUUCAUUAUUCUUUUUCUCUAGUUUUCACAUUUUUCUUCCGUGCACAAUAUAAAAGUGACAUUAUUUAUCAUGACGACAUUUUCACUCUACGCAUGCGUAUCAGCAAGUAGUGAAAAAGAUAGUGAGUUAAUAGCGAGAUAAUAUUAAGAGCAUUAAUUGUAGAUGAACAUUAAUAUACACAAAUUUAAUUUAUUGUCAGAAGAAAUUGCGACAGUGUAAACAAAUGCGAAAGAGAAAAGGAUAAAGAGAUUGGUCCAUAUAAAUAUCACUGACGAUAUCAAUAACUUACAGUAUAGUUCAGAUUAUCACGUCUGGCAGUAUUCAAAGAGAAGCAAAAUGAAAGUUGUUGUGCUCAUAGCUUGUAUGUUGGCGUUAGUUGCCGGCGAAAUAUGUUCCAUAAACGGAACAAUAUUUAGACAGUGGAUGGAAGAAUAUAAAAAAGGACCGCCUAUAAUGCCGGAAGAAGAUGAAAUGUUUAAUCAACUCUAUUAUGCGGCCGAUAAAGGGGGAUUAAUCGAUAAAGAUAAGAAAAUGAUCAAUCUUUCAAAGACUUUACAAUUUUGUGUAUGUCUCGUCUCUGAUCAAGAAAACCGAAACAAGUGCAAUAUUAAUACUUACUUUUGCGACGCUAAAGUUGCAGAAGUAAUUAAGCAUGCCAUUAGCUUAAAAAACCCGAUGUGAUCAAACUCUUCAUACAAUGCGUAGUAGAUUGUAAGACGCUAGAUCUUGUCGAUAAAUAGAAAUAAGAAAGACGAAAACUACAAUACAUCUUUAUAUAGAUAAAAAUUCUUCGUUAAACGCAAUUUAUCUGAAUAGCAAAUACUAUAACAUACUUUAGAGUUUUAGAGAGAUCAUGUCUUGUUACAAGUUUCUUUUGAAUGUAAUAUCUUAUUUUAACCGAUUUAGAAUUAUAUAAAAUAUAUAAUAAUUGUACAGUAAAUCAAAUAAAAAAUAUUCCUGA